AUGCAGGAAAUUGUAUUGUAUGUUGACACUAAUGACACAACAGUUGAUUAUGUUGACACUAAUGGCACAACAACAGUUGAUUAUGUUGACAGUGAUGGCACAACAACAGUUGAUUAUGUUGACAGUGAUGACACAACUACAGUUGAUUAUGUUGACAGUGGUGACACAACAACAGUUGAUUAUGUUGACAGUGGUGACACAACAACAGUUGAUUAUGUUGACAGUGAUGACACAACAACAGUUGAUUAUGUUGACAGUGGUGACACAAUAACAGUUGAUUAUGUUGACAGUGGUGACACAACAACAGUUGAGUAUGUUGACAGUGGUGACACAACAACAGUUGAUUAUGUUGACAGUGGUGACACAACAACAGUUGAUAAUGUUGACAGUGGUGACACAACAACAGUUGAUUAUGUUGACAGUGAUGACACAACAACAGUUGAUUAUGUUGACAGUGAUGACACAUUAACAGUUGCUUAUGUUGACAGUGGUGACACAACAACAGUUGAUUAUGUUGACAGUGGUGGCACAACAACAGUUGAUUAUGUUGACAGUGGUGACACAACAACAGUUGAUUAUGUUGGCAGUGGUGACACAACAACAGUUGAUUAUGUUGACAGUGAUGACACAACAACAGUUGAUUAUGUUGACAGUGGUGACACAACAACAGUUGAUUAUGUUGACAGUGAUGACACAACAACAGUUGAUUAUGUUGACAGUGAUGACACAACAACAGUUGAUUAUGUUGACAGUGAUGACACAACAACAGUUGAUUAUGUUGACAGUGGUGACACAACAACAGUUGAUUAUGUUGACAGUGGUGACACAACAACAGUUGAUUAUGUUGACAGUGGUGACACAACAACAGUUGAUUAUGUUGACAGUGGUGACACAACAACAGUUGAUUAUGUUGACAGUGGUGACACAACAACAGUUGAUUGUGUUGACAGUGGUGACACAACAACAGUUGAUUAUGUUGAUAGUGGUGACACAACAACAGUUGAUUAUGUUGACAGUGAUGACACAACAGUUGAUUAUGUUGACAGUGAUGACACAACAACAGUUGAUUAUGUUGACAGUGAUGACACAACAACAGUUGAUUAUGUUGACAGUGAUGACACAACAACAGUUGAUUAUGUUGACAGUGAUGACACAACAACAGUUGAUUAUGUUGACAGUGGUGACACAACAACAGUUGAUUAUGUUGACAGUGAUGACACAACAACAGUUGAUUAUGUUGACAGUGAUGACACAACAACAGUUGAUUAUGUUGACAGUGAUGACACAACAACAGUUGAUUAUGUUGACAGUGAUGACACAACACAACAACAGUUGAUUAUGUUGACAGUGGUGACACAACAACAGUUGAUUAUGUUGACAGUGGUGACACAACAACAGUUGAUUAUGUUGACAGUGAUGACACAACAACAGUUGAUUAUGUUGACAGUGAUGACACAACAACAGUUGAUUAUGUUGACAGUGAUGACACAACAACAGUUGAUUAUGUUGACAAGGUAA